AUGUCCGAAGAAUUCAACUUUCAACAGCGCUCUGGUGAGCAGCUGCCAAAUCUUCCAGAUACACGCCCUAUGAUGGCAGAGCGACAUCAGAGCGUCCCAGUGCCAUCAGCGUUCCGCCCAGAAAGUUUGGCGCCAGCCUCGCGACCCCAUAGCAUCAUGAGUACAGGGUCUGCAGGAAGCCGCGAUCGUCAUACUCUGGUUGCAAAAUAUCUUCAAAGACGAUGCAGUGCCGCAAAAUGGCUUCAACCUAUCGAGGAGGAGGAUGGCACCAUCAAAGAAUCGUCGUGGGUGGGUGUUGCUAUGCGCCUUCCGGAUGGUAGCUACUACACUGAGCCACCAAACGUUGAUAACAACUUUUAUACUGUGAUGCAAUAUCUUGGUUGCAAAGUUGCCUUCACAAUGUCUUCAGAUAUCACCGCAGCAUUGAUGGACCAAAUUGGCCCUUUCCAAACAGAAGUUCAAGUACAUCCUCGGGGAAUUAGACUUCCAAUCGUACAAAAUCUUUCUGAACUUGCAUAUGGAGGUACUGGAGUAUCAAAAAAGUCGUACUUGUGUGUUUUGAGAGAAGAGAGGCUUGUUCUCAUUUGGAACGAGUCAGUUGAAAGUAUUAUGACACAUGGCGCAGAUGUCGAAGGUAUCCUCGUUGGCUUGAUCUGGGGAUCUCACAUUGGCACCAUGACAGCUACUUCUCCAUACGCAUCCAUGACUCCGCCUAUUGGACAAACGCCAGGUCAAACUCCCGGACGAACACCAUCGGCCAUUAGUGAGGAUCCUGAAUUCAAUGAGAAAAUGAACAUUGUUCAAGCCGCGAUUGAGCGUGAAGAAAACAAAGACACAAUUUUCAAUCCAGAUAUCGAGGCCGCGGCACCACCAGAAAGACCCUUUCUAUUAUUACACGCUGGUGUCAUUGGAUUUGCCAUGACUUUGGUGGUAUUCGUAGAGAUGCUUUGUGCAUCGCGACUGAUAACAGAAUAUCAAUGGGAUGGCGGGGUGCUCCGGUUUGCACUCGUCGCCGUUAUUCCAUUCUUCGUGUCCUUUUCACUGGUAAGACAUUUUCAGCCACUUCGUGCGUGGCGUAAGCCUCAAGUAGAACCUUGGAACGGGAAAACUAUCGAUAAUUCUCCGGACUUAGCUAACAUGUUUCUCCGUCAGUUUUUCAUGAUUGUCAUUGCGGGAAGUCUAUUUCAAUUAUUUGGACCCUUGACAUAUGUUCGAAAGAAUUCUCAGUUCUAUUCGGCCAAGCCACCCAAGAGGGGUCGUUACCCAGACUUAGAGCUGCCACACAUUACCAUUCAAAUGCCAGUAUAUAAGGAAGGAUUAAAAGGUGUUAUUAUUCCUACUGUCACCAGCAUACUGGCUGCUAUUCGGUACUAUGAAGCGCAAGGAGGCUCUGCUUCAAUUUACGUUAACGAGGAUGGAAUACAAGCUGUUGACCCCGAGCUAUGUGAAGCUCGAAAGACAUUUUAUGAGUUGAACAAUAUCGGCUACUGCUCGCGGCCGAAACAUACCCACAGCAAAAAGAAAUGGUAUCAGGGUAAGAAGGUACAAGAUAACCCUGAAGGUUUCCAACGAAAGGGCCAAUUCAAGAAAGCAUCGAACAUGAACUACUGUCUCAGUUUCUCCAUUCGUGUUGAAGACGAGUUACUGAGACUUAUUGCUGAAAAGUCUGCAGCGGAAGAUAGACCCCAAGGUGAUAUCACACCAGACGAGGAAGAUGUGCUUUACAAGCAGGCUCUAGCAACUUGUCUUGAGCAAGAUGAGGGGCGCACUAUGGCUGGAGGUAAUGUUCGUAUCGGUGAUAUUAUUUUGAUUAUUGAUAGCGACACUCGAGUGCCUGAAGACUGCCUUUUGUUAGGCGCAUUAGAAAUGCAUGAAAGUCCUCAAGUGGCUAUUCUACAACAUGCCUCGGGUGUCAUGCAGGUUGCUAAUAAUCCUUUCGAAAACGGAAUUACUUACUUUACAAACCUCAUCUACAUGUCUAUUACCUUCGCAGUAGGAAACGGCGAUUGUGCUCCAUUUGUUGGCCACAAUGCCUUUCUAAGAUGGAAAGCUGUACAGAGCGUAGCUUAUGAAGAAGAUCGACAACUAAAGUUCUGGUCUGACGAUCACGUCUCCGAGGACUUUGACAUGAGUCUACGACUUCAAAUGGCCAAAUUUAUCGUGAGACUGGCAACUUAUCACGAGGGUGGUUUCAAAGAAGGUGUUUCCCUUACUGUUUAUGACGAACUUGCUCGCUGGGAGAAAUAUGCGUAUGGAUGCAACGAAUUAGUUUUCAACCCCAUCUACAAGUGGUGGCGAGGCCCAUUCACGAAACUCUUCAUGAGAUUUCUCUGGAGUGACAUCAAGCUCACCUCCAAAAUUACCAUUCUAGCCUACAUCGGAACCUACUACGCAAUUGCCUGUGCCAUUCCACUUACCUUAGCAAACUACAUAAUGGUCGGCUGGUUCAAUGACUCACUAGAUCAAUUCUACCUCACCUCCUGGAAAAUCUUUGUCGGCAUGGCCGUAAUCUUCAACGUCCUUUCUCCCCUCGCCUUCGCUAUGUUACGCCAUCGUCUCGGCGAAAAAGUCUUCGUCUCCUCCAUAGUUGAGACCGCAAAAUGGACACCCAUGUUUGUUCUCUUCUUCGGUGGCAUAUCUUUCCAUCUUUUAACUGCCAUCCUAUGCCAUUUCUUCAGCAUCAAAAUGGAAUGGACGGCUACCGCCAAGGAAGUUGAAGCUGGUGGCUUUAGAAUCGGUUUAGAUAAAAUCUUUCGUGAUUUCAAGUGGAUGUAUUUAAUUAUGAUCCCGGUAUUGGGAGGAAUGGUGUAUCUGGGAGCCUUUGCACCUCGUGGCUUCGAAAUAACGGAUUUCACAGCCAUCGUACCCCUUUCGAAUCAAGUCGCAUGCCAUAUUCUGCUUCCUUUUGCGCUAGGACUUUUCUAG